AUGUCAGGAGAUUUUCACUUGGCCGCUGUUGUUGCGUGUACGUUGACCAAGCUUGUGGUGAGGCUGCAGGAGGUUCAGCCAUCUAAGGUUGAAGCAAACAAGGCAUCAGUAGAGGCCUUGCUGAUCAUGGUGUCCAUGCUGUGGCUGGGGAAGUCCUCUUACCUUCCCCACCCUAUCGACAUUGACUCAUAUGACAGGAUUGUGUUUUGUGUUAGGUUGCUUUGCAGUACCGAUGAUGAUCAUUCAAGGAAGGUCUGGUUGCUCUCGUGCCGACAGAGCUUCGCAAAUAUGAUCAUUGCUGAGAAAAAAUUUAGGCAGAAUGAGAAGAUGAAGGUCCAGGCACAGAGUUCCCUUACAUAUCCUGAUGAUUCCAUUGAUUUCUACCACCUGAAGAGCAGGAGGGGACUGGACCGACUUGAGUUGGAAGAUGAGGUCCAAGAUGAUUUAAAGGCUGCAACUGGUGAAUCUAUGAAGGGUGCAGAUGAUACAAAAAAACUGAACGCCCUUGUUCAGUUGACAGGGUUCAGUGAUCCUGUGUAUGCUGAAGGAUUUGUUACCGUUAAUGAGUAUUAUGAUACUGUGCUUGAUAUUACAGUCAUAAACCGAACAGAAGAAACACUGCACAAUCUGUGGUUGGAGUUUGCCACGGCGAGUAAAACCGCAGUAGUUGAUCGCAGUAAGAAGUACACCGUGGCUCCUCAGGCAAGCAAGCAAAUCCAGGCUAACAUUAAGAUGUCCUCAACGAACGUUGGAGUUAUAGUUAGUCGCAUCUUUUAUGAGACUUCAGAUGCAAUGGAGCCUUCAGAGGUGAUCCUAAAAGAUAUGAGCAUUAGCAUCAUGGAUUACAUGACACCUGCUACAUGUACUGAUGUAGCCUUCCGGAAAAUGUGGGCUGAGUGUUGGUGCAAAGUUAAGUUGAAGGUCAAUACCGAGCAUCAUGAUGGGAGGGAAUUUGUAAAUUUUAUCAUCAAGUCAGUAAAAAUGCCAUGUGUAACACCAUUGUCUGCGCUUGAUGGGGACUGCGGGUUAGUUGCUGCCAAUCUCUACGGCAAGAGUGUGUUUGGCGAGGAUGCUUUGGCGAACAUCAGCGUAGAGAAGCAGGCCGACUCUAGUAAGCUCAGUGGCUACAUCACUAUACGUGGCAAUGUCCAGGGACUGGUUCUUAAUCUGGCGCAUGCAAUUAUCGCUACACAGCAGAUUACAGUUGAUGCAGCCAUGAGCCUGUCAGAAGCGUGUCAUGAGUAUUAA